AUGGACGACCCGCUCCCGGAUGAUGGCCUCCAGUGCUUCGGCGCAGGCUUUGAUGGCUUUCCGAAACGACUUCCAGACGACUGCGUCGAGUAUGUUAUACAUGUCAUCGACCAGAAGCUGGACAGCAUGGCCGCCGUUCGCUGCACGCUCAACGAGAUGCUCAAAGCCGUGAGCGAGCUGAAGAAGAAGAAGUACCUCAACGACUACAUCUGGCAACGAGACACCUUCGACCUCGUUCUGCAUCCCAAGCUCCAUCUGUCCAAGGCUGACGAUGUUUCUCGCUUUGCCUCAACAAAAUCGCCGCCGUACCUGCGUGGCCGGACCAACUUUGGAGAUUCGGUGGCGGACGAGUGGCUCAUAGUGUACCUGCUCCGCGAACUCAGCAAACAAUUCUUAGACGCCUGGAUCAGAAUCUACGACACGGAUGGCGAGUUUCUGCUUAUCGAAGCUGCCAACUCCCUUCCGAAAUGGCUCAGCCCAGAAACUGCGGAGGAUCGUGUCUGGCUAAACGAUGGCCACCUGAAAAUCAUCCCACUCGAAGGCGACGCCCCAAACCAGAACAUGAGCCUCGAAGACGCAUUAUCGACCAUCAAGCGCACGCCCGAGAAAUUGCUUGUAGACGAAAAGAUCGAGAAGGAAGCCUUCUACAGACUACGGGAGUAUCCUUCCGCUAUCUCAUCCUCUCUACAUCACGCUCCCAUCUCAAUCCCACGAAGACUUGCAUACAUUCUUCACCGCAAUCCUGCUUACAUCUCGCCCGCUGUCGAAUCAUUCUACCUUCGCGAUCCGGUGAGUCUCAAGCCGCUCGCGACCAAGGAUACUGCAACAUUGAGCUUCCCACCAGAAGACUUUGCGAUUGUCAGUGUCAGGUUCACCAAAGUUGGAUAUGCUCAGCUGCGGAGUCAAGUCUUUGACCCACCUCCGGCGUGGACUGCAGUGAUCCCGAGGAUGAAGGAUGAGAAAGUGGCGAUGGGCAUGAAGUUGACUUGUGGUUUCGAGAUGUUGGUGGCGGAUCCGCAAAAUCAAGACAGUAGGAAUGUCAGGGAGAUCAAGCUCUUGCUAGAAGAUAUCGAGACUGGGGACGAGAAGCUGCCAGAUGACGCAGAGCUUGCUACUUGGCCCAAGACCCAGGACGACGAGAAGUGGCUGGACAUCGACUACAACGACUUCGAGAAGGAACUGUCAGGCAAGGCCGGUGGCAACAAAGGCGGCGCAGGUGAUGGCUUCGGCGACCAAGGUGCGCAAGAGAAUCUGCGCAAGAUGGUCUCCCGUUUCGAAGACUUCCUCGAAGAUGACGAAGCUGGUGCCGAAGGCAUUGACGACAUGGAUGACGAUGACGAAGAAGUCGCCGACAGCGAUGAAGACGCCGAAGACAAACCACUCGACGAAGCCGACAUGAAAAAGAAUGGCACCCACCCCGACACCGAAGACGCAUGGUUCGACGACGCCAUGAAAGACGUCCGAUUCAUGGGCGACGACCAAAAAGCAGAAAGCGGCCUCCUCGACGAAGCCCGCAAACUCGCCCUCCAAGACGACGAAGAUGCCACGGACAUCGACGAAGAUGAGGAGAUGCGCAAAGUCAUCGAAUUAAUGGAAAAAGAGCUCAAAGACCACGGCGCCCUCAACCUGAACGCCGACACCAAGUCAAAGGGCAAGGGUAAAGCACCAGCCGUCAAACCCGUCGACAAACCCACGUUCGGACCUGAACGGCCGCCCAACUUGCAGGUAAAGAAGAAGGGUGUGCAUUUUGAGGGCGAGGAGGAGGAGGCGGAUGAAGAAAUCGGACCGGGUGAUGGAGAACUGAGCUCGGAUGAUGAGGAGUAUAAUGAUGUGGAUUUGGGGCUGGCGAAGAAUAUGUUGGAGAGUUUCAAGGGGCAGGCGGGGAUGGCGGGACCGGCGGGGAAUAUAAUGAGGGCGCUGGGGGUGGGUAUGCCGAGGGAUGAGGGGGAGGAGGAGGAGGGAGAGUGA